AUGUUGUAGAAAGAGACGAUCAAUUUUAAAUGUAAGUUACACAUUGACGAAAAUAUUGAAUUCUGUUGUCUCAAAAGAGAUUGCAAAGAAGAAAGGUUGGUUUGUUUUUAAUGCUUGAAAACGACAGAACAUCUCCAACAUAUGAUUGAAGUUGGUAAACUUGAGCAGGCUUAAUUGACUAUCAAUGGAGAAUUGAGGAAACUUAAAGAGGCUAUUACAACUUCAAAAAAUAUAUUUAAUGAAGUUUAGAACUUGUUCAAAAAUUUAAUCAAAGGAUUAGAAGAUAGAGUCUUUGGAAUAGAGGCAACUAUUAAUUUAAUGGGUUAAAGUGAAUUUUAAGAUACACUAUCAUCAGCUUUGACAUUCGAAAGAGUUCAAUUUUCAAUUUAAUAAUCAAUUGAACCAUAAAUAUCUAAGUUAAAAAAAACUAUUGAAGAAGUUUAUUAAAAUUGUUAAUUAAAUAUAUUUACAAAGAAGGAUGAAUAAACCUUGGUUGAAAUUGGAAACUAUUUAAUUAAAUAAUAAGUUUAUUAAGAUGCUAUUAAAUACUAUGAUGAAUGUUUAAAUAUGAAUUCCUAAAAUGAAGAGGCUUUAUUUGGAAAGGCGGAAUGUUUAAGGGUCACACAAAAAUUUAAUUUGGCAAUAGAAUUUUAUUAAAAAGUACAAUCAAUAAAUUAAAGCAAUCCUCAAGUUUACAUUCAACAAGGUUUAGAAUAAUUGAUUUUUUAGGAGAGUGCUUACGAUAUUUACAUAAAUUCAAGAGUGCAAUUAUUUGUUACGAUCAAGCUUUAAAAAUAAAAUAAAACUGAUUUUAAAUCAAUUUAUCUUAAGGGUUAUUGCUUACAAGCAAUAUCGAAUUUUAAAUAAGCAAGAGAAUGUUUCAAUUAAAUAAUCCAAGCCGGAUCUGAUGAAAUCUAUACUCUACUUGCUAAAAGCAUGUUGUUAACAUAAUAAUUAGAAUUGGAUAAAGCAACACAAAUACUUGACGAAAUUUUAGUAAAUUCUCCUUUUAAUUAUAAUGCCUUAUGUGUGAAAAUUGAAUGUCUUAUUUCAUUAGAAAAUUACUAAGAAGCUUUAAUAACUUGUGAAACAAUGAUUCAAAGAUAUCCAAAAGAUAUUAGGGUUUUUUUCUACAAAGGAGCCCUAUUAACUCAGCUAUAAGAUUUUGCAGAAGCAAAUAAAUUAGUAGAGGAGCUUAAGGAAAUUGAUGAAACAUUAUGGAUGAUUUAAUUUUUCAAAGCAUUGUUCUUAUUAUAGGAGGAUAAGAUAGAUCAAAGUUUGGAACUAUUUGAUAGCAUUAUGGCUAUUAAUCCAUAAAAUGUAUCAGUACUGAAGCAAAAAGUUUUAGCAUUAAUUCUCAAUUAAAAUGAUCCUGAAUAAACUACAAAAUUUUAUGAUGAGUUGUAUAGCAAAUAGCAAUUCGAUUAACUUCCUUUAAUCUUAAAAGGUGAAUGCUUAUUUCUAAGCAAAAAAUUUGAAGAAGCUAUCUCCACUUUUAACAUUAUUUUAUCUUAAGAUCCCGAUUUUUGUUAAAUGUAAAUAUUGAAAGUUUAAUGCUUAAUGGAAUUAAAAAAAUAUUAAGAAGUUAUGGAUUUUUGUGAUAAAAUGCUGGAUGUUUAUGAAGAAAAUGAAAUUUUUAAGGAAAUAAAGAAUUAAGCCUUAGAAAAAAUAGAAAAUGGUGAUGAAUAAGUAGAAAAAGAAGAGGUUGAAUAACAAGAAAUAGAGGACAAUUUUGAUAUCAUAACAGAAGUCUAGAUUAAUUGA